CACGCGCCGGGGCUCGGCGGUCGGUCCUGGCUGGGGGGCCGGGGCGGCACCGGCUGCGGCAGCCUCGGACCGCGCUGAGCCGAUGCUGGCGACCGAGCCCGCGGCUGCCGGAGCCAUGUCCCAGCCCGAGGCGGAGCGGGCUGGCGGCGGCUCGGCACCGGAGCCGGAGCCGGAGUCGGGGCUACCCGGGCGGGCCCCGCACCGCGACCGGCGGUCCUCGGGGCGCGACUCCCGCCGCGCCUCCUCCCGCUUCAACCGGCGGAGCUCGGCCGAGCUGGAGCUGCUGUGCUACCCGCCGCCGGGAGAAGGAAGCGAGGAGUCACCGCUGCCGCCCGCUGCCACCGGGAGCCGGGAGCCGGAGGAGACGGAGAGCGAGGAGGUGGAGACGCGCGCGGUCGCCACCUCCCCCGACGGCCGGUUCCUCAAGUUCGACAUCGAGAUCGGCCGCGGCUCCUUCAAGACCGUCUACAAGGGGCUGGACACGGAGACCACCGUGGAAGUGGCUUGGUGCGAGCUGCAGACACGGAAGCUGUCAAAGGCAGAGCGGCAGCGGUUCAGGGAGGAGGUGGAGAUGCUGAAGGGGCUGCAACAUCCCAACAUCGUCCGUUUCUACGACUCCUGGAAGUCAUCCGUCAAAGGCCAGAUCUGCAUCGUACUAGUCACAGAGCUCAUGACAUCCGGCACCUUGAAAACCUACCUGAAGCGGUUCAAGGAGAUGAAGCUGAAGGUGCUCCAGCACUGGAGCCGGCAGAUCCUCAAAGGGCUGCAUUUCCUGCACACCCGCUCGCCCCCCAUCAUCCACCGAGACCUCAAGUGUGACAACAUCUUCAUCACUGGUCCCACUGGCUCAGUUAAGAUUGGUGACCUGGGCCUGGCCACGCUCAAGCGAGCUUCGUUUGCCAAGAGUGUCAUAGGCACCCCUGAGUUCAUGGCACCAGAAAUGUAUGAGGAGAAGUACGAUGAGGCAGUGGAUGUCUACGCCUUUGGGAUGUGCAUGCUGGAGAUGGCCACCUCGGAGUACCCCUACUCUGAGUGCCAGAACGCUGCCCAGAUCUACCGCAAAGUCACUUCGGGACUGAAGCCCAGCAGCUUCUACAAGGUGAAGGUGCCAGAGCUGAAGGAGAUCAUCGAGGGCUGCAUACGCAUGGACAAGAACGAGAGGUACACCAUCCAGGACCUGCUGGAGCACUCCUUCUUCCAGGAGGACACAGGAGUACACGUGGAGUUGGCCGAAGAGGACGAUGGCAUCAAGUCUGGGCUCAAGCUCUGGCUGCGCAUGGACGACACGAAGAAGCUGCACGGCAAGUACAAGGACAACAACGCCAUCGAGUUCCUCUUCGAGCUCUACAAGGAUGUUGCAGAGGAGGUGGCCCAGGAGAUGGUGGUCCUGGGCUUUGUGAGCGAGGGUGACUACAAGCUGGUGGCCAAGGCGGUGCGGGACCGCGUGGUCACCAUCAAACGCAAGCGCGAGAAGCUGAAGCGCGCGCGGGAGGUGCCGUCGCCCGUGGAGCCAGAGCAGCCGCCCGGUGCCCUGCCUCUGCUGGAUUCCCCACUGCCACCCAGGGUCCCCACAACCAGCCCGGCCACCCCCAGCUCGAUAGACUCGCUCUCAGGCAUCGCCUCCCCACAGGAGCCCGAGGAGCCCGAGGCAGACCAGCACUUCACCUGCCAACACGUCAGCUACUCCUCCACCACCUCUGACUGCGAGAUGGAUGGAUACCUGAGCUCCUCCAGCUUCAUGGACUCCCUGGACCAGGCCCAUCGCAGCUUCUCAGCGGGGGACACUGCCAGCCCACUGCCUACCCGCCCCGUGCGCUGCUUCCCCGCGAGCAUCGCGGUGCAGCUGCCCGGCGAGUGCCCGCCCUCCACCAGCGGCUUCUCCUCGCCCGUGGACAGCUAUACCUCAGAUGUGGCGUCUGGCAUGAGCGACGGCAACGAGGGGCUGUCAGCUGGCGAGCGGAGCUCCAAGCUGCCACCCAAGCGAGCCUCGGGGAAGCUGCUGCGGCGCCGAGCCCGGUCCAGGCUGCGUGUCACCAACAUCUCUGACAAGAACGACCGGGUGGUGGAGUGUCAGCUGCAGACCUACAACAACAAGAUGGUGACCUUCAAGUUCGACCUGGAUGGGGACAGCCCAGAGGAUAUUGCAGCCAUCAUGGUCCACAACGAGUUCAUCCUCAAGUCGGAGCAGGACGGCUUCAUCCAUCGCAUCCGGGACAUCAUCCAGCGCGUGGAGACCCUGCUCCGGAAGGAUGGGCACGUUGCUGCCGAGCUGCCUGAGAGCCCCGAGGCCGAGUGUCCCACAGGCAGACCGGCGGACCUGCAGCUGCAAGAGCACUCUCAGUCCAUCUCCUCCUCAUCCUCACUCAGCGACCUGGGCUCCACCAGCCCCAGCCUCUUGAUCCAAUCCCCGCUGCAGCUGUUGCUGAGCAGCUCAGUGUCAGAGAACAACCACGCCAGCCCCGUGGAGCCACCACCAGCCACGACUGCCGAGCUGCCCCUCACACUGCUGGACUCCCCCACAGGCUCCGUGCAGACCCAGCCCUUCGUCUCCAUGGCUCCCUCCUGGCUGGCAGCACCACCGGCGUUCCCGCAGACUCCCCCGAGCCCCCUUGGGGAGCCCAUGCCACAGGCCCUGCCCCAGGUCCCCCUGUCCCCGCUGCUGUUCCCCAUGUCUCCUGAGCUCAGCAGCCCCCCAAUCCCCAUUAUGACCAGCACACCGUGGUCUGCCACCACCUCACUCAUGUCCCUGGCCAAUGUCUUCUCCCUGGCAGUGAUGAGUGUGGCCCACACGCUGCUGCCCGCUGUCUCCUCCAUUGCCAGCUCGGGUGGGCACUUCUACAACCCUCUGCUGCCACGGCCACAGAGCCUUGUCCUGGGGCCCCCACGUUUUGUCUACUCAGAUCUCACCACCACGCCCAAACCAGCCCAAAUCUGUGAUGAGACACUGGAGUUGGCGGAGGCCAAUGUCCCCACUGCUGGGGGGCCUGUGCCAUUCUCUCUCCCAGCCCCACUGUGCCCCACAGAUGGUGGGGCUGGGGGGAGUCACCCAUCACCACUGAUCUCGUCCAUGCCAGCGAGCCCGGAGGGCAGCAUGGUGCUGCCCGACUCCCAGCCCACCUACCCGCUCAUCAUCUCAGAGUCACCAGCCCCCGGAGUGCCCAAGGCCCAGCUCUCGCCCAUCAGUGAAGAAGCCAAGCCCCAGAUCCUGGGCCGGUUCCAGGUGAUGACAACCAAGGACCUGGUUGCCACUUCCCUGGGGUCAGGCAGCAGCAAGGGUGAGCAGCACAACGUGGAGACAACGAACGGUCCCACGCUGCCCUCGCCCACCAGCGCUGGCCCCAGCUUAAGCAGCGACCCGGACUUGGCACUGGAGACGGCGGAGCAGGGCGCCGAGGCUGAGGAGGUGCCAGCUGAGGGAGGCGCAGCCGUGCCUGCGGAGAGCGAGCGUGAUGGCCCCGUGGAGGAGGGCACGGAGAACGCGCCGCAGGCCGUGCUGAGCCAGGUGUGGCUGAGCUACUCCCGCAGCAUGUCCUACCUGAGCAGCGAUGACACCGAGAGCGAGGACGAGGAGAUCUGUGAGGAGCUGCAUAACCUGCGCCAGAAGCACCUGGCCGAGGUGCAGCUGCUGCAGAGCGCCCAGAAGAAGGAGAUCGAGGAGCUGUACAUGCGGAUGGGCAAGCAGCCACCGCUGGGCAUCGUGUCCCCGGCCGCCAUGCUCUCUAGCCGCCAGCGCCGCGUCUCCAAGGGCAGCUUCAACCCCUCGCGCCGCAACAGCCUGCAGCGCCUGGAGCUGGCGCAGCCCCCAGGUAUCAUGCGCCGGAACUCGCUGAGCGGCAGCAGCACGGGCUCGCAGGAGCAGCGCCUCGGCAAAGGGCUGACCUUUGUUGACGACCUGGGACGGAUGUAGCUGGCUGGCCAGGAGUGACCUCGUGAACUACCUCAACCAAGUGCCUGCUGCCCCUGGGACAGGCGAGAGCCCCUGCACCUCCCGUGAGGACAGGGCCUGGCCCAGGGGCAGCCCCUGCCCACCCACCCUAGGGAGCCUGACCUCUUGCCUUGGCUCCCCAGGGCAGCUGGGGAGCCUGACUCUGUGGCCCUUAGCCACCCACCUGCAGCAGGAUACCUGUUGCCUCUGUAUCAGAGGGAGGGCAGGCCUGUCCCAUCCUUAUCCCCUCACCUCCUCCCUCCUUGUGCCUCCUCCCUCUGUUUCCAGCCCCUUUGCUCAAGCUGGGACGAGGGCAGGCUGCCACCGUCCUUCACGGGGUUACUCCAAGCUGACACCCUGUCCUGCACCUGCACCACACAUCCACCCAUCCCCAGCUCUGCCACCACAUCACGCUGCCUUCCAGCUCUGCCCUGGGGUUGGGGAUCAAUAUGAGGGCCCAAGCCCGUUGCCCCAGGACUGCCCUGCUCACUGCCACUGUCAUCUGGUUCUGUGCAGUGGGAAGAACCAUCAGGGGCCCCUGGGAUGGCAGCGGCUGCACUUUGCUACCCACUGAGGUCUGGGAAAUGUUUUCAUAAAAGCAAAUCAAAUAUAAA